CCGCUCCUCCCGCUGCGGCGGAGCCGGGCCGCCCGCCCCGCAUCCCGGCCCGACCCAGCCCAGCCUCUCUGCUUCCCUCCGCCAUGGUGCGUUGGCUCGGGACUUCGCAUCCUCCCCGCUCAGCGCGCCGGCAUCCCUCAGCCGAGGGGCGUCGGUUACCGUGAGAGAGGCACCGCUCCCAGGGCCGGGCUAGCCCUGGCGCAGCAGGGGCGACGAGGCACACGCUGCUACCGCUGACCUGUUGAAAGAGCCGGGCUCGCUGGGGUUUCCUUUGUCUUGGUCUUUUUUUGGUUGUGGGGUUUUUUUUUUCCUUUCUAUUUUUUUUUGUCUUCUCGACGGGGGAAGUUUGCUCCCCGGACUGUGGCCCGGCUUCCUCCACACCCUUUCCUCCUCCUCUUCCUCCUUUUUUCCAGGAUCCGCCGCCUGCGGCCAGAAGUGAUUGCCCUCGUAACCCCCCAGCCCCGACCCCAGCCCGGCCGAGCCGCCGCCAGCGCCGGAGCUGGGGACGCCCCCUCCUCCCGCAGGAGCUCCCCGCGGGCUCCGGGCUCGCCCUUUCCCCGGCGCACCGCGGGCCGGCCGCGGCCGGGGCGGUGGGGCGGCCCCGGGCGGGCCGUAGCCCCUUGGCGGCGGGCUGCCGCGGAGGCUCCUGCCGCCGCGGGUGCCCGCGGGGGUGCCCCCGGGCUGCCGGGCCGCCACCAUGUCGAAAGUGGCGGCGGAAAGUUGCGGGGCGGCGCCGGCCGAGGACUUGUCCAAGGUGUCGGACGAGGAGCUGCUCAAGUGGAGCAAGGAGGAGCUGAUCCGCAGCCUGCGCCGCGCCGAGGCCGAGAAGAUGAGCGCGAUGCUGGACCACAGCAACCUCAUCCGAGAGGUGAACCGCCGCCUCCAGCUCCACCUCGGCGAGAUCCGCGGCUUGAAGGAUAUCAACCAGAAGCUGCAAGAAGAUAACCAAGAACUGAGAGAUCUUUGCUGCUUUCUGGAUGACGACAGACAGAAGGGCAAGAAGGUGUCCCGUGAAUGGCAGAGACUGGGCAGAUACAGUGCUAGUGUUAUGCACAAAGAGGUUGCCUUAUACUUACAGAAGCUGAAAGAAUUGGAAGUGAGACAGGAAGAAGUGGUUAAGGAAAACCUGGAGCUGAAAGAAUUGUGUGUGUUGCUGGAUGAGGAGAAAAGUGGUGGAGCAGGCAGCCGGAGCUCUAUCGACAGCCAAAUCAGCCUGUGCCAGUUAACCGCGACGAGUACUUACAUAAGAGAUGUCGGUGAUGGGAGUAGUACUUCUAGCACGGGAAGUACAGACAGUCCAGACCAUCAUAAACAUCAUCCAAGUACUAGUCCAGAACAUCUUCAAAAAACUCGGGGCGAAGGAAGCCCUGAGCAUCACAAACAUAGGAAUAUCAGCCCAGAGCACCUGCAGAAGCCCAGGAGUUCUGGCAGUCCUGAUCAUCACCUGAAAGGACCAAGUCCAGAACAUCACAAAACCAUUGUCAAAGCACCUGAACAGCAAAAGCACAGCAGCAGCAGUCCAGAAACUAUCCCAAAGCACGUUUUGAGUAGUAGCCCUGAACACUUUCAAAAGCAGAGGCCUGGUAGUAGCCCUGAGCAUCAAAAGCACAGCAGUGGCAGCCCAGAUCAUCUUCCAAAGCACACACCGAGUGGAAGUACAGAACACCUCCACAAAGUGAGGGGUACGAGCCCUGAGCAUCUCAAACAACACUAUGGAGGGAGCCCAGAGCACCUCAAACAUCUCAGUGGAGGCAGCAGAGAAGGUACCCUCAGGAGACAAGUAACAGAUGACCUGUCACCUCACCACAGAAGUAUAUACAAUGGAAUGAAUGAACCAACCUUGUCCUAUGUUAGGCAGCUGGAGGCAAGAGUAAGACAGCUGGAGGAGGAAAAUCGCAUGCUGCCCCAGGAUCCCAUUAGGAUGCCAGGAGGGGCGGAGGGGAGUUACUGCUCUGCAAACGAGCCAGCUAGCGUCAGUGGACAUGGCUCAGCCUCUCAGCAGUCUGACUCAGUGGUAAAUGCUCUGAAGGUUGUGUGGAGGAAACUUGGAGAUGCUGCAGGGUCGUGCCCUGGAAUUAGACAACAUUUGUCAGGAAAUCAGUAUAAAGGACCUAUGUAAAAGGCCCUGAGCCAGUCCUCUCUCUGAAAGGAAAAAGUUUGAACUGCCGACGAGAGAGAAGGAACUGACUGUGUCCACAGCGACUUCCCAGCUGACAACAGGCUGUCUGUAUGCAGUACAAGAGACUUUGCUGGAAACGAGGAGAGAUUCUGCACAGAGGUCUUUCAGGGGAGCCAGGUUGUCAGUGUCCCCUGAAUACUGCUGUUUCAGUAUACUGGCUAGUGAAACGCUGCCGCCACAUCAUCACUUCAACACACCAUGUUUAGAAGCACUGAGGUAUUUCCAUCCUAACUAAAAGAUAAUUGAGAUUCUGCAGGAGUUACAUGAAAUAAGUUUUAUUUUGGUUAGUUACAGUGAAUCUCUAAUAAGUCUGAGUGAAUUUUCCACUGGAUUUAACAGAGGUUUUUCACCAGACUGGAGAGAGACAUUGAUAAACUGUGCCUUUGGUCUCUGCAGUUUUGAGAAAGUCUUUUCUUAGUAACUCACACUUCAGUCUGUAAAGUAUCAGUUAAUGGUGCUUAGGCAAUUUCCAGGUGAUUUUUUUGCUUUGGUAGAAUACCUGCCUUUGGAGGUGCUAAAAGACCAUAAAGUCUCCUAACCAGCCAGUAGUGUAGCAUAACUACAGUACUUGUAGUGAAACACAAUUUCUUUCUAAAUGAAAGUAAAGAUAGCUUUCUUUUCAAUUCACUUUGCACAUCUUCUGAAGACGUGUGUGGUGUUCGCAGCCCUUUAAUGAACAGAAUACUUAGGUGUCACUAUUACAGGUCUCAAAUCAAAAUUUCCAUCAGAGUUUUUUUCGGAAAGUAUUUUCCAAUUGUCAGGAUGCUAAUUUCUACUGUUUAAUUUAGAGACAUGCUGGUUUAUUUAACAAGAGUCUCUAAGGAUCUCAAAGAUUGCACUGCAUUAUAAAAAAGCUUUUCUUGCCACUGUAGCAUUCUUUCAAAGAAAAAGUUUUUAUUAUACUCAGAGCAUGUCUUUAUUAUGAGGCAAAAAGCUCUUGUUCAGAUUGCCUGAGAUUUGACCAGAUGGCGCCCUAGAUGUGCUUAGUUUAUUUUUAUCUAUGUGUAUGAUAAUAGUUGUGUGUAUUGAAUUGCAAUGAUAGGUAUUUUGUGUAUAUCUAAAAGCAAUGAUAGUUUCAUGUAUGAAUGUGCAACAGGCUUGUGACUGAAUGCUGUUGCUUAACUUUUUACCAUAGCUGAGCAUCAAAAAGACUAAUAAAAGUUAAAUAAAAAAAAGGAAUGCAACAAUUCCGGGGUUUCUGGUUUGUUCUUGGUUACUAAGAUUUGAGCCAAAGUCAGAACCUCUGUUUUCUCUGAGCUUGCAACAUGCUGUAUUCGUGGGCUAUUUGCAGUAGAAUGUAGCUCGGUUGCUGUACUAUUUUUUGUUAUAUAGGACUAUGAUGUAAAUCUGCUAACUGUCUUCAAAAAAAGUGUGUUAAUUUGCAGCAGUAAUUAUAUUAGUUUCUGUUGUUAUUUUUACUUGGUACCAUUCGAUGUAAGGCCUCUGAUCCAGCAUUGCUUUCUCGGGCAAAACUCCUGUUCACUCUGUCUCCUUGAGUUGGAAAUGCAGAAUCCAGCCUUCCAUUUUGAAACAUUGCACUCUUGCAUAAAUUCUUAUAUAUAAUCCAGCCCAAACAGUUGUCUGUUAUAUUUACAUGUUGUUUUCUCCCAUACAUAUUGUUUGCAUAGUUAAACUUCAAUUGUUGUAUUCCUAUAUAUCUAUAUAUAUGUAUGAAAAAAUGUAAAACAUGUACUUGUGCCUGCAGUAUGUAUGUGCAGGGGCUAACCUGAGGGACACUGGUCUUUUGACACUACACUUGUGUAAAUUUUGAUACUGUAUUAAAACUAUUUUUUUACAGUUCUGCAUACAAUUGGGUAUCAAGUAUCUGUGUUCAUCUUAGCAACAGUAAUAAAUUAUAGAAUCUCA